CACAUGGGCCCCAUCAUCAUCACUCUCUCCACCACCUACGCCUUCCCUCCCUCCUCCUCCCCCACCAUCCCCUUUCCUCUGCUUUUGCCUUCCCCUGCUCCUCCUCAGUCCUCCCUCCCUUUGGUCCUUUCUAUUCUAUUUGACACUCAUAAGUCAUAACAAACAAACAAAAUCCCACAUCCGCUCUCUCUCUCUCUCUCUCUGAAACCCACAAUUUCUUCAACCCUCUCUCUCUUGAUCAGCUUGAUGGAAGCCACACUUGGGUUGCUUGGUGGUGGAGGUGGGUCUUCUGGUGUCUCAUCGAACGAGUCUACAAUGUCAAAGGCGGAGGUGGUGGCGGUGGAGCAAGACUACGUGGGGAUGUCCUCUGAGGCAACCUCUUACCCUGCUGAGGCAGAGCUUGAGCUGGGCCUCAGCCUUGGUGGCGGAGGGAAGCUCAGCAACCCAUGUGCAUGGGGUGAGCGUGGUAGAAUCUUGACUGCCAAGGACCUUCCUUCCAUGGUGGUCUCUAACGGCGCCUCUUCAGCUGCUUCUAGGUUCUCUCACAGACCCCAUGCUUCUGCUGCUGUUGCUGUUUCUGGGACUAAGAGAGCUGCUGACUCUGCUCCCCAAGAGGGUGGCUCUCCCACUGCUGUUAGUCAGGUUGUGGGAUGGCCACCGAUAAGUGCUGCGAGGAUGAACAGCUUGGUUAACCAAGCAAAGACUGCAAGGGCUGAAGAUGAUACGGCAGUUGGGGAGAAAUCGAAGGACACUUCGAAGAAGAAGAUCAACGUCGGUAGUAAGACAACUGUGAAAGAGAAAGGGCAUCUCGGAUUUGUGAAGGUGAACAUGGAUGGAAUUCCAAUCGGGAGGAAAGUGGAUUUGAAUGCUCACUCUUGCUAUGAGACUUUGGCUCAAACACUCGAGGAAAUGUUUAUCAGCCCCACUACAACUAUUGGUGGAGACACGGAACAAGCAAAGAAGCCCUCGAAGCUUCUGGACGGAUCCUCUGAAUUUGUGCUCACAUAUGAAGAUAAAGAGGGAGAUUGGAUGCUUGUCGGAGAUGUUCCUUGGGGGAUGUUCCUCGGCUCAGUGAAAAGGCUUCGGAUCAUGAGGACAUCUGAGGCUAAUGGUCUUGCUCCAAGAUUUCAAGAAAGGAGCGAGAGACAAAGAAACAAACCUAUCUAGAAAAGGCACUGCUGCGCAUUAUUUCCAAGUCUGGUAAGAUGAAUGAAGGAAACCUACAGUUUGAUAACAGAAAGAAGUAGAAAUUCAAUGAGACAAAGAGUGCGAAGAUCGGCUUCCACAGGCUGUUACAUAGUGCUAGCAUACAGGCCUGCAUACUCGGCUACAUGCUGCUGCUGCCUUCUCGUACUGUAAAUAUGGGAGCAUUUCACUUCAUAUCUAGAGAGGAGAGUGCUGAGUUUUGCUGCAAAAGAAGCUUGUCUGGUUUUAUUAUUUUUUAAUUAUUUAUUUCGGUUGUUUUGGUUAAUCAGCACUUUUUUUACUUUC